GGGGAGGAGCGCACUCCCACCCCCACCAACUCAUUGAGCCUCCUAGAGUCUUGGCUGGGUCUCUCUGAGAGUGUGGGCUUGUGUCCCCCUCCCCUUUGGGGGAGGGAGGGAUAGACAGUCCCCCACCUCUCAGCCCGCCUGAGUGGGGACUGGUGUCUCUUCUAAAGGGUGAGGUGGCUUUGACCCCGGCUUGCCUGGCCAGCACGACCGAGGAGGUGGCUGGACGGCUGGAGAAUGAACGGAGAAGCCGACUGCCCCACAGACCUGGAAAUGGCCGCCCCCAAAGGCCAAGACCGUUGGUCCCAGGAAGACAUGCUGACUUUGCUGGAAUGCAUGAAGAACAACCUUCCAUCCAAUGACAGCUCCAAGUUCAAAACCACCGAGUCACAUAUGGACUGGGAAAAAGUAGCAUUUAAAGACUUUUCUGGAGACAUGUGCAAGCUCAAAUGGGUGGAGAUUUCUAACGAGGUGAGGAAGUUCCGCACGUUGACAGAAUUGAUCCUCGAUGCUCAGGAGCACGUUAAAAAUCCUUACAAAGGCAAAAGAUCGGACGAGGGGAGCGAGGAGCCGGGCGAGCAGAUGGAGGAGUGGAGCUCGCUCUAG